AUGACCCUGAUCAACAACACAGUCAACGUGGAUGGAACUCUACAUCAAAACAUUGAUAUUACACAAGUGAAUCUUCACAACGUCAACGUGCAAUUCAAUGUAAACGUCUUCCCGAUGACGUCUCCAUUCUUCACAUCUGGAACACCGCCACGACCACCAACGAACAGUUCCAAUGGACCUCAUCCGGGAAAGCCGGCAACGUCAGUGGGGAACGCGCCACUUGGUUCGAAGACGAUGAAUACGUUCCCCCCUGAAGCUUCUCCAUCCGAUAACGUUGAAUGUUCUGAGAGAAUUGAUAUACCGGCCGUCAUUCCCCUACCGGACGUACCUUCAAUAGGUUUCAAUGGAUCGCCAGCGCCAAGAGCAGAGUCGGAUGUGCCGCAAGAUCAACAAGAUCCACAAGAUCGAUCCGCAUUCGCAAUCCAGGGUGACCACGUUGCUGAGGAGCCGCUCAUCAUUCUUCCGGCAUCCGACGCACCGGAUCUGCCAAUUCACAAUAGGCGAGGAUCUUCGAAUGAAAAUGAGCCUCCUUCACCGAACUCUCUCUCCGUCCACUUCGCGUCGCCAAGAAAUCCGGCCGCCUCAUCAUCCAAUGGUAUCACUGAAUCGCCAGCGCCAAAAGCACAGUCGGAUGUGCAGCAGAUAGGACCGGACACGUCAAUGCGAUCUGCUCGCCCGGAAACGUUCGCCGAACAGUUGCUUCGCAAUCUGUUAGCCAGUAAUACGCCGAACGAACCUUCAGAAGUUAUGAUAAGAGAAUCUGAUCAGUUGGCGGUCGUGGUUCCGACGAUCAUCCCCGUACCGGGCCCGCCAAUCCCAAUUGAUCAGUCUUCAAAUAAUCGACGAGCUUCCAAUGAUGAUGAUAUUCAUAGACCACCACCGGGAAACAAUGUUGCAUCAUCAUCAAUUCAUACUCAAGUGCCAGAGGGAACACCACAAUUGAGUGCUGAUAAUCAGGACUAUGAUGCGAUGGAAAACGCUUUUAUUGUUCCUUCCUCCGCAGAAAUGUCAUCAGAUUCGACAUCAAUGACGCCGGUUCAAAGUGGAACUUUUGCCAACGAUCUUCUGAGCAGACGGUUAUCAAGAAACGCCCCAAAUGCGUCUUCAGAUGUUGUAACAAGAAAAAACUCUGGUUCAUUGGUCUUUUCCGAUCCAACACAGUCUCCUGUCGCCGUAUCCGGGACUGAGAGAAGGGAACAGCCAUCAAGUGAAAUCCGAAGAAAAAAACCAAGAGUCCUCGAUUCGAUCAGCUUUAUGAUUGUGAACGUAAAUGAAGCCGAAAUCCAACAAAUUAACUCUUUUCGGAUGCCUUAUGGUGAUGACAUCUACGUUCAAACUUUCACAGCGUACGACGAACACGCCGACAAGAUUCGAACUGUGAUUAACGCGGAAAACUGGAUGGAGAAGUGGAGAAUGUCGAGUCUUAUAGCGACGGAUUCUCAACCGUUCUUCUGCCAUUCGCUGGGCUGCAGUAACGUGUUCAGAUUAAUUUCUUACUGUUCCAGAUUUACAAGAAACCGCGAACUUUACAAGACUGUGAGGGAUACAUUGGACGCUCAAGCGUCAGAGAUUCUUCGAUGUCCACGAUUCGUCUCCGAAUUCAGAAGCCAUCUAAACGAUAUUGGACAAGGGUGGUGGAGGGAGCUUGUCGAGACGUAUUAA